ACAAACCAACACUUGCAGCCUUGGUCAUAAGUGCACUACUUACGUGCCUGGGAAUGACAUUUCUGAUAUUGGCAUGCGCUGUUCCCACACCCAAGAUAUUCUAUCCGUUCUUCGUGCUGCUCUUCUAUGUGUUAUCAGUAUUGCCAGUCCUAAUAGCCAAACGCUCCACCCCUGGCAGCGAAACCAACCCGAAGACGGAGUUUGCCCUCUUUCUCUCAGCUGGCAUGGUGUUGAGUUCUUUUGCCUUACCCAUAGUCCUGGCACAUUCGGCUGUUAUUACCUGGACAGCUUGCAUACUGACGUUAAUAGCUAACGUUAUUAACUAUUCGACCAUUGUUGGCUAUGCUAUGCGUGGAGAGAGCUUUGAUGCGCCUUACGGAGGCAUGUUCUAAGUGGGAUCUGUAAAAUUAGCACCAACUGCGAGGGAGUUAUGUUUUAAGCACCGACGAUGGAUUUUUGGAUGAAGCAAUUUUGAAUGCAGUUCGCUCCAUCACAAAAAAUCAGUCAAUCUCACAUCAAUAAAUAUAUUCAAAUAACAAUUAUUUAAUGCAAAUAACAAUAUACAUAAUAGUUUAUUAACCGA